AUGGACAGUUCGUGCUGGGAGAAUCUCCUGCUGACCCUCAGCCGAAUUCUGGGUGUAUUUCCCAGUGGGAGAAGGGGCCUUCUAAGCUGGAUCCACUCCCUUUGGUGCCUGUUUCUACUCCUAUACGUGUGGGUAGGAAGCGUGUGCAAGUGUGUGGAGUUCCGAGGGGACAUGCCCAUCAUCGAGAAACUACUCUACCUGAUGGAGUUUCCGGGAAACAUGUCGACCAUUGCCAUCCUGGCGUACUAUGCUGUAGCAAGUUCUCGCAGUUAUCAUGAACUGGAGCUGCAGAUUCAUCGACUGAUUAAAGGACUCGAAGGCGAAGCCAUACGUAUUGUCUAUAAGAAACAGGGGCAGAGAGCCCUUCGUCUAAUGGUAAUGGUCAUAGUUUUCCAUGGCUUGUGUGCUGUGGUGGACAUAGUCACCUCCAAGUUUGAGUUUUGGACCACUUUCUAUAGCAACAGUGUCUAUAACCUGCCUGCUCUAAUGAUGAGUCUGGGGGUGCUCCAAUACGCCCUUCCUGUACACCAGCUUUGUCUUUUGCUGGAGCAGAUGAGGGCGUCCCUUGAGGAUCUGAAGUUGCGGCAGAGGCCUUCGAGGGAUAUAACCAAACUGGAUGCCGGAUAUGAGUCGGCCUUUGCUGUCCUGGUGGACGCAGGAGGAGCAUCUUUCCUGCUCGUCGAGGAGAUGCGAUCAGCCUGCAAUCUCAUUGAGCUCACCCACAAGCAGUUACUGACCCGAUUCGGACCUUUUCUGCUCCUUAACUUGGUCAACUCGUUGAUUAGCUUUUGUGUGGAGCUCUACUUGCUGUUCAACUUCUUCGAGAAUCCCCUAUGGGAAGAGUCCUUGCUGCUCAUCUACCGCCUGCUUUGGUUGCUCCUCCAUGGAGGUCGUAUCUGGUUUAUCCUGGCGGUGAACGAGCAGAUCCUGGAACAGAAAUGUAACCUCUGCCAGCUGCUCAACGAACUGGAGGUGUGCAGCUCCCAUCUGGAAAGGACCCUUAAUCGCUUCCUGCUGCAACUCCAGGCCAGCAUUGAGCAACCCCCGGCAGCCUGUGGAAUCGUGACAUUGGACACUCUUUCCUUGGGAGGGUUUAUCGGGGUUCUGAUGGCCAUUGUCAUUUUCCUCAUUCAAAUCGGCCUGGGCAAUAAAUCGCUAAUGGGUGUCGCCCUCAACAGAUCCAACUGGGUUUACGUUUGA